AGGGGAAGGGUUUCAGUCAGCGGCGAGACUGAUCUUAAACCCUAUCAAGCUUUUGACUUGAUACAUUGUUCAAGAUGUAGAAUUAAUUGGACUCGUGAUGAUGGAAUUUUGCUGCUCGAGGUCAACAGGAUGCUACAUGCAGGAGGAUACUUUGCUUGGGCAGCACAGCUUGUUUAUAAGCAUGAAUUAGCCCUUGAAGAGCAGUGGGAAGAGAUGAUUAAUCUUACAAGCCACCUUUGUUGGAAUCUUGUGAAGGAGGGGUAUAUUGCAAUUUGGCAGAAGCCCUUGAACAACAGUUCCUACUUAAGUCGUGAGGCAGGAACGCAACCUCCGUUGUGUGAUUCAGACGAUGAUCCAGACAGUGUUUGGGAUCAUUCAAAUUUUGUCAGUUGUGUACAGUUUUGUAUAGAUGGUAGCAAGUUCAUUACGGUAAGCUCUGAUAAGAAGGGUAAAAUAUAUGAUGCGAAAACUGGAGAGAAAAUUGGAGAGCUGUCCUUAGAGGAUGGUCAUAAAGGCAGCAUUUACGCUGUUAGCUGGAGCCCUGAUGGUAAACAGCUAGCAAAAGCAGCAAAAGCACAAUUUUCACGUGAUUACAGUGAUAACCUUGCUUUUGUCCGGGCUUAUGAGGCCUGGAAAGAAGUUGAAAGAGACGUAACUGGAUAUGAAUACCGUUGGAAGAAUUUUCUUGCUGCUCAAUCAAUGAAAGCUAUUGAUGCUCUGUGAAGGGAGUUCUACUCUUCACUUAAGGAAUAUGUUUUAAAUUUUAAUGCUAAGUGGAUGUGAAUUGGAUGAUUAUAUAGAUUACAAGCGAAUUUUUAAUUGAA